CUUUCCUUUAUUGUUUACCGUUCAGCCCCAUUGGUCAAAAUCAAACCCUAACACACUCUUCACUCUCCUCCAGUCCUCCCAAAUCUUCAACGUCCGGCCCCUCCCCUCCGAUCAGACAACGCCGGCGACUGCCUCUCCCCAUUUCCGAUCAGAAGAAUUCGGCGACUGCAACUCCGACCAGACCAGCCGAGUUGGCCCUCCGUUUUGGUUACUUGCUGUCUCGGCUUAAAGAAACAUUUCGAAGAAAGAAUGGCAGGCAAGGCUGCCAAAUCUGUGGCGAAGGCCAUCAGCGAGUAUCAGUAUCCAUGGCAGGAGAAGUUGGCAAAAUACAAGAAUGAACUAUCCAAAGGGGUUUGGGGUUACUGGGAACUAGGUGCAUGGAAGUCACUGGGCAUAAGUGCACGUCACCGAGCCAGACUUCGCAAGGAAGUACUUCUUGCUGGGCAGGAUUGGCCAUAUGAUCCAGAGAGGAAAGAGAUGAGAACCAAGAGGAAAGGGCACAAAUGCGAUCGUAUUGCAGCAGAGAAACGGGAAAACACUGCAAGGUUGAUGGAGAAAAUGCCAGAUAUGUUGCUUCAAUACAAGAAGCGCAGGUGGGAGAAGAAGAUGAAGGAAGAAGAGAAGAAGAAGCAGGACAGCUGAUAUGUUCUUGUUUUUUUUACAUGGUCCUGACAACUAUAGAUGGUUGGUUUCUUGCUAGUUUCUCAUGCAUGGGAGAUGUUGGUUUUGUUAUCAAUACUUUCACUUUGUAGGAAUUAAUAAUCUUUGAUUUCCCUUACAUGACAGUGAUCUUAAGUAAAUUGAUGUUUGUAUUGAUAUAAGAUAACAAAAUGAGGAAGAAUCAGAGCACUCAUAAUUUUCCAUGUAUAAAAACAUUUCUCUUUACUGCUGCUCUUAGAAAAUAUUCUCUUGAUAUUGCUGAUGUGGGU